UGUUAAUUACCCCCUAACGCAAUAUUACGACCAGUGUUCUCAGGCCUUCCUGGUGUUGACAGAGAAUCAUGAAGAUAGCAUAUUUAAUUUUAGUCGCUUGCCUCUGUGUUGGUUCUGCCAGUACAGAGAAUCUGUACAAAGUUCUUGGGGUUUCAAAAACAGCAACACAAAAAGAAAUUAAGAAGGCAUAUAAAGAAAUGGCAAGAGAAUGGCAUCCAGAUAAAAAUAGUGAAGCAAAUGCUGCUGAUAGAUUUACCAAAAUCAAUGAAGCUUAUGAGACACUUGGUGAUUCCAACAAAAGAGACCAGUAUGACAGAUUUGGUUACACAGCUGCACGAGAACAAAAAGCUUCACAUGAAUACCAUAAUCCUUUUGGUAACGAUUUCUUCAGGGGCUUCAACUUUAACUUCAAUGGAAAUCAUCAAGGAGAAUCAGUUAUAGAAAAGUUUCAUAUAAAUUUAAGAGCUUAUGAAACAAAGAUUUUACCAGAAAGUGACAGGAAGCCAUGUUUUCUAUAUACUUACACUGAUUUUUGUUUUGAUUGUGCCAGGAUAGAACAUCUAGUGGAAAAACUCAUUAGGGAUCUGGAAGAUGUUGGAAUAUGUGUUGGUACUUUCCAUGCUGGAAGAGCAAGAUCUUUAACUGGAGCACUGAGGAUAGAGAGAGUACCAACACUUCUUAUGCUGAUUAAUGGACAGUUGACCACCUUCAGGGGUAGUGUGAACACAGCUGGUCUGAAUAGCUUUGCUAGAGGGGUAUUUCCUAAAAAUUUGUUUACAAAGAUUAAUGAUGGAAACUUUCAAGAUUUUCUUGAUGGCUGGAACGACAACCAUGUGCGAGCUUUACUUUUUAUUAGAAGAGAGGAAAUAUCUAUGAGAUUCUUAGCGCCAGCCUUCUACCACAAAGAAUUCAUUAAGUUUGGAUAUGUCAAUUUAUGGAUAAAUGACAAUAGUAAUUUGACGAAGAAAUACAACGUGAAUCGAUACAGAGAAACUUUACUAAUGUUUAAUGAAGACACACAGACACCUGUUGCUACUUUGGUUAUGCCACAGUUGACCAGGAGUACAAUGGAAGAGGUAUUGAUAGCCAAUAGAUUUAUCAUCCUGCCACGGCUAUCAUCGCAGAGACGAUUUGAAGAGAUUUGUCCUGAGGAAAUGAAAGCAAAACGAAGGAGACUGUGUGUGGUUUUGGUGACUAAGAAAAGUGAAACUGAUAAUGAAAAAUUUCUGAACAGCUUCAGAAAAUAUGUUCAGUCAUCUUCACUGACACGAAAUGAAAGAGUAAAAUUUGCAUACAUCUAUGAGGAUACACAGAAAAAUGUGAUUCAGAGUUUCUCUAAAGGUGAUACAUCUGAAACUGAUGAUACACAAAGCAAGGUGAUUAUUUUAUGGAGAAUGGAGAAAAAUCAUCUAAGUUACAACUGGCUCUCAAAAGGAUGGAAUAUAGAUAAUAUACAAGAUAGUCGCAAACAUCUGGAAGAACAAGUCAAACAUUUACUUAACUCAGAUCAGUCUUUAGCUUACAGAGUAAUACUUCCUGAAUUUAAUAAUGAACAUGCUUUGCAUUUGAUAAUCAGAAUUUUCUACAAAUUGUGGAGUUGGGGUGAGAAAGUUUACAAUUAUCUUGCAACAUAUGAUGCUAUAACUUACAUUACUGUUAUUAUGUCCUUGUUCCUAAUGUUUGGUAUGGGGUUCUUCUUACAAAAGAUGGCGUCCAUAGAGGAGGAGCAGAUAAGAAAGACUAUACCAAGGAAAAGUAAACCUAGGCCACCAUCAGUAAAUACAAUAACAAAUAGUAUAAACCUGUAUGAACUACGACCUGAGACCUAUGAAGAACUGGUUACCAACUGUGAAACAGGCUUGACAGUAAUAGCAUUGGUAGAUGAAGACACUAAAAAAUUCUUGUUGGAAGAAUUUGGGAAAAUGGUGUAUCCUCUAACGAGGUAUAGCGGACUUACAUUUGGUUUUGUGAACCUGGAUCUGUAUAUGGGUUGGUAUCGACAUCUACUAGAAGAGAGUGUUGACAAAAAGAUUGAUCUUACAAAUAUGAAAAUCAGGAAUUGUAUAGGCACAGUUUUAGCCAUAAACGGUCACAGAAAUUAUUACUAUAUAUACCAUCCAAGACCUGCACGGAAAUGGAUAAGGAAUACUGACAAAGUGUCCAGGGCAGUUGGAUUCGUUGACACAGAUGACUCGGACAGUGACGGGAAUGGAGAAACUCCUGUUGCCAUAGAAAAAUUGUUAAAAGGAUUGACUAAUUGGACGGAUAGAGUCUUUGAUGGAUCUAUUCCAAAAGUCAGAAUUCCAUGUUGGCCUGAAUUGGCAAUCAAGUAGAAAGUUUUUAAUCUUGUCAAAAUUCCAUGUUCCAUGUUGUUUUUUCUUUGAUUUUUAUCUGAAGUCAGAAUUAAUUUCUUUAUGAAUAUUAUUAUUUUUCCAAAAUGAUAUUUAAUGACAAAAGAAAAUGGAAAAACUCCAUGACCAUCAAAAAAUUGUUUAAAGGAUUGGCAGAUUGGACGGAUAGAGUCUUUGAUGGAUCUAUUCCAAAAGUCAGAAUUCCAUGUUGGCCUGAAUUGGCAAUCAAGUAGAAAGUUUUUAAUCUUGUCAAAAUUCCAUGUUCCAUGUUGUUUUUUCUUUGAUUUUUAUCUGAAGUCAGAAUUAAUUUCUUUAUGAAUAUUAUUAUUUUUCCAAAAUGAUAUUUAAUGACAAAAGAAAAUGGAAAAACUCCAUGACCAUCAAAAAAUUGUUAAAAGGAUUGACAGAUUGGACAGAUAGAGUUUUUGAUGGAUCAAUUCCAAAAGUCAGAAUUCCAUGUUGGCCUGAACUGACAAUUAAGUAGAAAGGUUUUAGUCUUGCCCAAAUUCCAUGCUCCAUGUUGUUUAUAUGGUCCCAUAUCUGAAGUCAUGAUAUAUAUAUAGAUAUUAUUAAUAUUCCAAAAUGAUAUUUAAUGACAAAAGAAUGAAUUAAUGAUUGGAAUGGAAAAACUUCAUUACCACCAACAAAAAAUGAAGUCAGAAUUAAUUUUUUUUAUGAAUAUUAUUAUUUUUCCAAAAUGAUAUUUAAUGACUAAAGAAUAUAAUUCAUGAUUUCCGACAUUAGUUGGAAUAGAAAAACUUCUUUACAAUAGGCACAUUUUUAAAAGGAUUGACAGACUUUUGAUGGAUCAAUUCCAAAAGUCAGAAGUUUUUGAUGGAUCAAUUCCAAAAGUCAGAAUUCCAUGUUUGCCUGAACUGGCAAUCAAGUAGAAAGUUUUUUUUUAGUCUUGUCAGAAUUUCAUGUUCCAUGUUCUAUGCUGUCUAUAACGAUCUUUACCUGAAUUCAGAAUUAAUCUGCAUUUUAAUUUUCAUUGGCCACUGAAAUUAAGUUAUGAAUUAUAUUUUCAGCACUUUUUGUGAAUUGAAGAGAUGGCUUAUGACACUAAGUGACAAAAGAAAAUCAUGAAAAGGAAAAUAGAAAAAGAAUAACAUACAUUUUCUACUGAAUAUUUUUGUUUGAUGAAUACAAGAUUUUUUUUUCAGAUAUGUAUAUAUAUAUAUGUAUGUCUGCCUAUGUGUAGUGACAACUGUAAAUUAUACCUUGUCCAUCGGAUUUCUUAUGAUUAAGAAAUACCAGGCUUUAGAAUAUUUAUAAAGUGCCUAGAAAAUCAACCUAACAAUGUUAGAGUAGAUUUGAUUCUUAACUCCCUCCCCGAGAGGGGCUGGAACCUGUACUUUUCACUUCAUACUUCUACGGCAACACCGCCUAGCAUUGCACAGACGCCUUAUUUCCUUCUCUAACUAUAGCUGAUAAAAAAUCAGCUUUCGUUUCAGGAGGUGUUACCUUCUCGUAGGAAUUAAACAAGGACAUCUAGACGCAAUACACAAAGUAUUUAUAAGUGUACAGAAAUGAUCAUCUACUCAUCUCUUCAGUAUAAUUACAGGAUGCUGUUCUUUUUUUAGAAGCAUACAUUCACUGUAAAUUUAUAUAUAUGUAUGUCUGCCUAUGUGUAGUGAUAUAUAUCAUUUACUUUGAUGCUCUUGUAAACUUUGUCAUUUUUACAUAUGAGGGAAGCAUUUUAGAAAGAGGAUAUCCACCAUUUAAUGCAUUCUAUACAUUUCAUAUGCAUUUUCAUAUUAAAAAGUAACACAAAAUACUCUUAAUUUUUUUUUUGUAAUCCUUGUCCUAGGUGUCAUGUUUGUUUAAUCGAACAGCCUAGGCUAGGAGUCAGAUGAGUAUAAACAUGAUAGAUUUUCAUUUUUAUAAGCACAUAUGAUUUCAGUGAGUUUAAAUCUAUCAAAUAUCUUUGCAAUGCCAAAUUCAAAUCAAAUUAAGAUGACAUAUAGUGUCAUUUUGCCUUAAUUACCACUUGUGUUCAUGUGUGUGAUUUGAAAAUAUCACGUAGAAAAGCAUUUGUAGGGGGAAAUUUUCUUAUCUAAAUCAUUUAUGUAUCUGACUCUUAUUGUGUGUCAGUUUGUUUUGUAUGUAUAAUGUCAGAGCAUUAUCAAAACAUGUCAAAAAUGAAAAAUUUCAUGUGACUCAAUCCAGGAAAAUUAAAACAGCAAAUAGUAAGAGGGGACAUUUUCCCUAGUUUCAACAAUGUCGGAAUGGUGGCAAUUUGCUUGGCAUGAAAAUUCUUUAUUAUUGCUACUGUUUUAUAAAGGUUUUUGUAAGUCGUUAUUUUAUUUUGUCAAAAUGAAUUUGUAAGUUUUGAAAAGAUUUUCUGUACAUAUGUAUAAUGUAUAAAAGUACAUGUAUUUAAUUUAUUCUAUGGGAAAGUGCAAUUUCUCAUAAAGAAGAAGGUAUUGUAUUUUUUUCGACGUUCUUUAAAACAGUUUUCUCUUGAAAAUUGGAAUAGAUGAAAACAACUUUACGGAGUUAAACUUUUUAAUGAUUGCAAGCAUAAAAAGAAUAUGAGCCUGAUGUGCUCUAGAAGGUUAUGGGUUUUUUAUAUGUUGAUUUUGCGCGUUUGCUUUACUUGUCAUCAUACUUUUUGGUAAUCAGAUAUACAAGCUUAUAGGAAAUUGUAUGUUCCUUCUUGAUGUUACCAGAUACAAAUUUGCAGGGAAUUGUAUGCCAUCUUUUAAGAUAUUUAAGGAAAAAUCACAAUAAAAAAUGGAAAGAAGUGUUCCACCAUGUUGUUGAAGGCUUUUCACUACCAUUUAGUUGUAUAGACCUCUCGGGAGAAUACUGUAAACCAACUAAUUUUUCGUGAUUGAUUUAUUUUUGUGCAGCUUUCGCUAGGAGAAAAAUAACUCAAAUAUAAAUCGUCGCAAACAGGUAAAUCUUAGAUCUUUCCUAUUGAACUACUUUAAAUAUAUUUGAAAAUGGUGAAAUUAAAUCGCUGUGAAGUGGACUUGAAAGGGCUAAACGUGAAAUAAAGUAUCCGCGAAAAUAAGUUGGUUUACAGUAGACAUGGUAUUGCAUUGUGGGAAAAUAAUUGUUAUUCAUAGGUCUGCUUAGACAAAUGAUCUUUUAGAUAUUGGCAAGACGCACACUGUAAUGAAUGAGGAUUGAUGUUGGAUUUCUAAAUUCAUGUUUUGCUUUAUUUUGAAUGGAUCAAGUUAAUAAAACUUGUCUUUUCAUUUUUCAAGAUUUCUUAAAAGUAAAAAUUAUAUGAUAAAUGCUUAUUGAUUAUUUUGAGAAAAAAUAAUAAACAAAUAGAAUUUAAUGUUUAUAGAAAAAUUACGGCAGUUGUGUUAUAACUGUAGUUGAAAAAAAAUAGAUCUUAAAUCUAUAUCCAGUUUGAAACUAUCAUGUAUAUUAUGUUGAUCUGUGUGUUUUUCUAUAUAGAUGUACAUUAUCUUACCUUAUUUAUUGAUGUGUGUAUAUAUGUGUGUGUGUGUUUGUGUGUUCCAUAAAUGACUCCUUCAAGAUAAAAGUUGGCUUUUUAAAAAUGGUAUGCAGCUACAUUAUUUAAUUCAUGGACCAUCUAUAAACAGAAGUUGUAUUCCUUUUCUCAUAAGUAUAGUCAUUAAACAUGAUUACAUGCACCCCAUUUAUUUACUGUAUGUACACCCUUGUACAGAUCAAACAGCAUUUUGGUCCAGACAUUAUCAAAAUCACAAGGGAAACCAGAAUCUCUACCAACAAUCUAAGGUCACAUUAACUGCACAUAGAUUAGUUUUUGAAGGGAAAUCAAGAAUCUUGUGGCAAAUUUCAAAUUCAUUUUGCCUGGUAUGGUGAGUCUUGUACUUCUUCUAUUAAGGUGUUAAGCAAUCUUAACAACCCAUGGGUGCUGGCCUUGCACCAUCAGUAGGCAGAGUUUAUGGUGAACUACAGUACAUCUUCCAUGGAUCUUUUCAUUACGAUAUGUCCACAGAGUGGCAAACUUAUAAAUGGUACCAUGUAGCAGUUUUUGUGAGUACACAUAUUGUUUCUUUUCUUUUAUCAUAAGAAUUUACCUUUCAAAACUGUGGAAAAAGAAGUUUAGUUUUUGUAUUCAAUUUUUUCACAAAAUCUUAAGAUUGAAUUUGAGGGGUCAAGGAUAAAAUGGUUGGUAGAUGGAUAUGACAAAAUGCAUACAAUAUUUAACUGUGUUAUAGCAUUCACUGUGAAAGUACAUUUAUUUGUGGGUUACCAAUUUUCGUUAAGCUUUAUCCACGAAUUUAAGUGUCCCAUGAAAUAUAACAACUGUUUUCCAAAUCAAGACAUGAAAGAUCCCCAUUUAGGUUUGACUACAUUGAUGCGGGCAUAUAACCUAGAGAAUAAAUCGACUACCAGCAAAUGCACUAUGAAUUAUAUAUACAACUUCAGACUGGAUUUUACUCAUUUAAUCUUUUUAAAAAAGUUUAAACUAUGUGACUUUUAACCUUUUAAUUCUCAUGAAAAAUAAGUUUUGAUUGACAAAAGUCAGACUUCCGGUGUUGAUAUGCGAUUAUGAAGUGUUCAUUUUAUCUCCUCAUAAUUAGAUUUUUGUACUGUGAUAUAUUGGGAUUGCAUUGUAUACAGAAUAUAGCAAGAAGAAACAAAUUUAGAUUCUAUUUGAUAUUAGUGUGAUUGAUAUUGUAAGUAUAUUACAAACAAUUAUUAGGAAGGAAUCAUUUUUAUACUUUUAUAGUAAUGUAGAUGAACAAAUAAAACAGAAAUGUUUUGUUUUGGUCUUUUGAAAACUACUAUGAAUUUAGGUUUAAUAGUUCACAGUCAGGUGUGGAAGUUUUCUGUUAGGAAAUCAUAGUAGCUGUGAAUCAAAGCAAUUUCUGACAGCAUUCUUUGUCAUUUUCAAAUUGUUUGAUUAUCAAACCAGCCUCUUGCCACUUGACUUGUUGUCCAUAUGAUAACAGAUUGGUCUUUAUGUCCUGCAUAAAAAAUUUCACCAAUUUACCAAGUCAAUAUCUGCUGUUUUUUUUUUCUCAUUUGAUAUGUUCAAGUAGAUCAUAACCCAACAGAAGUACAUGUUGGCUUUUACUGAGAACACAAUUAAAUUUUUUCACCAAAUUUUAAAUUUAUUUUCUGGAUUAAAGAAAGACUUGAAAAUGAAUCCUGAUAUCGGAACAGUUGCCUAACUCGCCUUAUUUUUGAUGCAUUAGUGUAAAUCAACCAAAUUUUCUUUAUUGCACAUCCUGGCUAUUGAAUUUUCUUGGGUGUUCGACCCAUGCAGAUUCUGUGGACUAUGUUCUUAUAAAUACACACUGUUCUUUGUUCAUUUUCUAUAGAAUUAAUUUAAGAUUCCAUCAAGUAACUGAAGUACACUUAUAACAUUCCUAACAUUGUUUUGAAAAGGAUUUAUUGACCAAGUGAAUAAGUCUGAUUGAAAGACUUAAGGGCAUAUGAUACAGUUUUCAUCCCACGGUGAACUUUUUACGAAAAUUUGCAUACAAGCUAUUUUUUUUACCUAGAAAAUUCAAAUAUGUAAUAAAAAAUAUACCUUCAUGUGCUACUUUUAGAGAUAGACGGGGUCAAAAUAUUGGACAAUUGCUCAAAAUUUAGGUUUCUUUGAAAUAUCUAUCCUUUGGACAGUCAUACCCAACUUUUUUGUUUCAAAGAUAAACACAAGCGGAUUUCUGUAAAUCAUUUGGAAUAUCUUCUUUACAUAAUUAUGCUCUGAAUUUGUGAACAAUUCUUUGGAUUUAGUAUUUUUUAUUAAAUUUGCAUGAUUUUAGGAAAAAAAACAGGCAUUUUUUGCUGUAUAUUUAUUGAAUUUCAAAAAAAUCCAUCAGUGUUUUGUUCUUAAAAAUUGGUUCAAAUAAUCAAGCCAAAUGUCAUUUUCAAAAAGAGGGGUUCAUGUACUCGUUCUCACGCUAAAGAUUAAAAUCAGUAAAUUGCAUCUUUUCCUGUUAUGUCAUAGUUUGACGUUGCAAAAAAAACAUUUUAUGUUAGGAACAUCAUUACCUCCUCUCUAUCUGUAUUGUAUGCCCUUAACAUGACCUUAAAAAAUAAUUAAGAUCAAAAUGGCCUGUACUGGUGUUAUUUUCACGGUUGACUGUAAUUUGGUCAAGCAAUUAUUGGACUGUUCAAGCAAUUGUAUUUUUGCUUAAAUAAAAGCAUUGAAUUUAUAUCUGAAUUUACUGCAAUUGUAUAAAGUGAUAUUGUUUCAGGAAUGAAAUCCCUCAUGCACAUAUUUUUAUUAUGCACUUGAAGGUUGUGUAACAUGUAUAUUGUUGUUAUGAAUAUAUUUGUUAUUUUGUUGUAAAUGAUGUAUGAAAUUUUAUAUUGUAAAUUUCUUUGAUGAAAACUAUUAAUGAUAACUAGUCAUUUAAGCUCAAUAUGGAAAUAAGAAGACAUUUCUGAUUUAUUAUGUGACAACUGCCAGUAUGAUUAAUUAUUAAGGAUUUUUUAAUUACUAUGAGGUGAUGAUCAUUUGAUAUUCUGGAUUUUUAAACAUGAUAAUUUGACUCAAGUAAUCCCCCUGUGGAUGUUUGAAUAACUUUGUUGCAAAAUUUUGUUUAACUUAAAAUAACAGGUUAUUUAAUUGUUUCGUAAAAAAUAACGUUAAUAGGGGCUCAUUUGUUGUUCUGAAAAUUAGAAAAUUCUAUGUUAAACAAUCAGUAAAACUUUGAUGGAUCAUAACUUUAUUUUAGAAAUAUUCUGCCUUAUUGAUGGAAAAAUUUACUAAAAUAAUGUGAAAAUUGACAAUAGAUUAGGCUGGAUCCGGUACUAAUUAUUAAUAUUGAUAUAUUUUCAUUCAGAAAAUUAUUCAAGCUAGAGGUUUCAUUUAUACUGCAAUGAAUCAAUUAUAUCAAGGUUUUAUUUCUUUUGUAUUAAAUUAUUUUUUAUUGUGUAAAAGAUAGUUUGUUCAGAUUUUCUUACAUUUUUAUUACCUUUUUAGCAUCAUUUUGUAGCUUUACAUAUAUUUAACUUUUCUCGAGCGUGAUUUGCCAAAUUAGAAAAUAAAAAAAUUCAGUAAUCUAUUUAAUCAGAGAUUAAAUUUAAAUGUCUUUAUAGUCUUGAUUGAAUUUUACUACUAUUCUAAAUUUUGUAGAUCAUUUCCUUGUUGAAAACGAAAUUUUUAAUAAAUGCACUUUUUGCAGGUUAAUUUAAUGCAUCUGAUAGAUUUGUCCUUGUCUUUAAACCUAUUGCACAAACAAAAGAUUUGACAAUCUCCCUUGUAGCCAGUGGAAGAUUAUAAAAGGGCAACAAUGAUAGGAUGAUUUGUUAUUUUUAAUCCAGCAGUUAAUUUCACAUAAAGGAUGUUCGCUACUCUGUCUUAAAAUAACAAGCUUUUUAAUAGACUGUUAUGAAUUGAAAGUAUAUGAAUAAAGGAAUGGAAUAAUCAGAAAAAAAUUGAAGGGUCUGUGGGCUUUUUAUCAACAUAUAAGCCAUUGAAAAUUUGGCGGGAAGUGAUUCUCACUAGAUUUUGUCAUACAUUUAACAUUGGCACCUUUUUUCUUUUAAAAACUAUGAAAAAAUAACAAGGAUAUUUCAAAUAUAGCUUUUUGAAUUAUAUAUAAAAAAAUUAUGGAAAGAAAAGUAGGGGUUUGCGGGCAAAAUAUUUAAUGGCACUACACGAAUAAACUGAAUAUCUGGCAAAAAUUCAAAAACAAGGGGAGCGAACAUCCUUAAUUAGUUUAAAUUAUGAUGAAUUCAGGAUUAAAAAUGCAAUUUUCAGUAUGUGUGUAGUUUUUAAUAUAUAUGAAAACUUAUAACUUUACAGAUUUUCUGUUUGGUUGUAAAAUUCUGAUCAGUUUAGUAGCUGAAUAAUUUUUGUUGAGCCUUCGACUUUUGUCGCAGAAAGCUCAACAUAGGGAUAGUGAUCCGGCGGCGGCGUUAGCUAACUUCUUAAAAGCUUUAUAUUUUAGAAGGUGGAAGACCUGGAUGCUUCAUACUUUGUAUAUGAAUGCCUCAUGUUACGAAGUUUCCAUCUGUCACAUGUCCAUUGUCCUUGACCUCAUUUUCAUGGUUCAGUGACUACUUGAAAAAAAAGUGUUUUUUUUUGUAAUGUUAAUUUCUCUCUUAUUAUGAGUAAUAGGAUAACUAUAUUUGGUAUGUGCGUACCUUGCAAGGUCCUCAUGCCCGUCAGACAGUUUUCACUUGACCUCGACCUCGUGACAUGGAUCAGUGAACAAGGUUAUACUGUAUGCAAUAGGUCUACUUUAUUUGGUGUAUGGAAUGAUUGUAAGGUGUACAUGUCUAGCUGGCAGGUGUCUUCUGAUCUUGACCUCAUUUUCAUGGUUCAGUGGUCAAAGUUAAGUUUUUGAGUUUUGGUCUUUUCUUUAAUACUAUUUGCAAUAGGUCAUCUAUAUUUGGUGUAUGGAAAUACUUUAUGAUGUACAUGUCAGUCUUGCAGGAUUUAUUUGACCUUGACCUCAUUUUCACGGUUCAUUGCUCAGUGUUAAGUUUUUGUGUUUUGGUCUGUUUUUCUAAUACUAUAAGCAAUAGGUCAAAUAUAUUUGUUGUAUGGAAGGAUUGCAAGCUGUACAUGUCUGCCUGGCAUUGUUCAACUGACCUUGACCUCAUUUUCAUGGUUCAUUUGUCAAUGUUUAGUUUUCUUGGUUAAGUCUGUAUCUUAGAAACUAUAAACAAUAGGUCAACUAUAUUUAGUGUAUUGAAUGAUUGUAAGGUGUACAUGUAUUUCUUGUUUGGUUUAUAUGACCUUGACCUCAUUUUCUUGGAUCAUGUUAAGUGUAUGUGAUAGUUGUAGUAAAGCUUUAUAUUUAGGACUAUCAACAUAAUAUCAAUGAUUAGUAAAGAAGGCGAGACAUUUCAGCGUGUGCACUCUUGUUACUUUUUCAAAUCAUUUUGUAUUUUGUACAUUUUCCAAAUUGAACAGUAGAUUUUAUACAAACACUUGUUUUAUGAGCACUGUCUUAAAGUUGUAUAAGAUAUAAAUAGACACCUUUAAAAAUAAAAAUACAAAUUUUAUUCAAAUUAGGGAAAAUAGCACUUGUAAUGCACCUUGUUAAAGCUUAGUGAAAAUCCAUCAAUUUAUUAUAUAUGUCAUGAAAGUUAUUAUAAUUGGUGCUUUGGAGGACCAUUAUCUCAAUAAAAACGAAAAGAAAA